UUAAAAUUUUAUAUUGUGAAUGGAUUGAUUGCCACACGUAGUGGAGCUACCCAUCCUCCCUGAAUAUCAAACAUCGCAGUUCGCCAUUUUUCACCCCUACCAACGUUGGAUCGUCUCAUUUCCUGUCAAUUUGGAGAUGUUUUUUCUUGCGCUGUUGUUACACAACAAUCCUCCUGCAAAGUUCAGGUUAAAUGGAUUUCUUACUUCGAGGUCUCGACUUUUCAGAGCCCUUUGCUCGAUGCUUCAAAUCCUCCAAAUCCAUCUAUAAUUUCACUGUCAAGGAUAUCCGUAAAAAUGAUGUGAGUCUGAGUAUAUACAGUGGGAAGGUUCUACUGGUUGUCAAUGUUGCUUCAUUUUGUGGGUAUACGGAAACAAAUUACAAAGAGUUGAAUGAGUUGUACGCAAAGCACAAGAAUCAAGGGUUUGAAAUAUUGGCAUUUCCAUGCAACCAGUUUCGUGAACAGGAACCAGGAACCAAUGAAGAAAUUCUGACUUUUGCCUGCACAAGAUUCAAAGCUGAAUUUCCAAUCUUUCAUAAGAUUGAUGUCAAUGGAAAGAAUGCAGACCCACUUUACAAGUAUUUGAAGAAGCAGAAAGGUGGGUUAUUAAGAGCCAUCGAUUGGAACUUCGCCAAAUUCUUGGUAAACAAACAAGGGAAGGUUGUGAAGAGAUAUCUUCAUACCAUUGAUCCUCAUAAAAUUGAGAAGGACAUCGUGAAGCUUUUACAACCUUCUUGAGUACUAAACUCAUGUGUCAAAGCUCAUGAAGAAUCUGUUGAAUGCUUUCAUAGGACAAGGAACUUCACUAAAGCUUGUGUACUACUUAUCCCUAGUUAAUUUAUGGCUUGAGAAAUUCUUAAUAUGUCUCUGUAUCUGGAUUAUGUAAUAAGCACAAUUUGGUGUUUUCAAGAUAAUAUUCCUGAACUUUUUAGUUCUAACUCAAAACAGUUCCUCUCAUAUUUAUAUAUUCUA